AAUGACGUCAUGCUAGCUUGUAGCGCCCUCUAUAGAAAUUUGUUAAUGGCGGCCAUGUCAAGAAAAUUUUCGAGAUGAUGGACGACGGUUCUUCUAAUCACGGCGGCGGGCUUGGCCCUGGAUCGGGUGGAUUAGGACUAAGUGGUAAAAUGAUACAUGAUGAACAACAGUUACAGCGGACACACUAUUCUAUGCCCGGAAUAUUGCACUUUUUACAGACUGAAUGGGCCCGUUUUGAGAUGGAAAGAUCGCAGUGGGAAGUGGAAAGAGCAGAAUUACAGGCACGGAUAGCAUUCUUACAAGGUGAACGAAAGGGACAAGAGAAUUUAAAACAAGAUUUGGUUAGGAGGAUAAAAAUGUUAGAAUUCGCUUUAAAACAAGAAAGAUCUAAAUAUCAUAAAUUGAAAUAUGGGACGGAGAUCAAUCAAGGCGACAAUAGGACAUCAUUUGACAAAAAGGAUGAAGAUGACAUGAUUAUAGACGGUGAAUCAACAAGUUCAACGAAUAGUAAUGUAACAUGGCGGCAGGGAAGACAAUUACUUAGGCAAUAUUUACAAGAAAUAGGUUAUACAGACACGAUAUUAGACGUACGGUCGGCCCGGGUACGAGCGCUGCUUGGCCUACAGCCGUACAAUGCAGAAAACGAAGAUGGCGGCCACAUGGUCAACGGUGAAGGCGGAAAAAUUAGAAAUAAUGAAGGCCAUAGCAGACGGUCAUCGGGUAAGAAGUUACCCGCAUCGUUAGCAGAGGGCGCUCUCAUGGAAAGUGAAGCAUCGGUUCUCGCCACGUUUGACUUCCUCUCAUCGGAUAAUGUGGACGAUGAUGAGGAUGAAAAUUCUAGUGACGGUGAUGAUGACGAGGCAGACGAACGCAUGGAAACAAAACGGGCAAAGACUAAAAUGACUGGUAACGAGAGUAUGGCUGAAGACGUCGACCCUGAGACAGAAGAGGCGUUAGCUGAACUGGAUUUUCUGGUAUCGGAAACUGUGGAGGGUGCAGGUGAGGCCCGUAGUCAGGGUGACGGCACAGAGUGGGAAAAGAAAGCUUUAUCACCCAGUGAAGAGUGGGGUGUUGAUCAGCAACUAUUAUCAAAACUUAAAGAGCAGUAUAAAAAGGAGAGGAAGGGCAAAAAGGGAGUGCAGAGGCCAAAACGGUCGACGUUACAAGCGAUGCUAGCCAAUUUAGGAAAUGAUGACGAUCUCCCUGCAUCACUGCUGUCAAAUAAUAACUCUUCUGGUAGUACAAGUCCACCAAUGAGCAACACUGAUGAAAUUGAGGAGCAUGAGCGUAAGCCAAUAAUCGGUGUGCCCGGUGAAGAUGAUGCUUUAGAAGCUGCAUUAGGAUUAGGGGAUUUAGCGGGAUUAACAGUCAACAAUGAAGCAGAUCCACUGUCUUAUGAUAUUUCUGCCGCCAAGGAAGCAUUUAGAAAAACCUGGAAUGCUAAGUACACGCUACGAAGUCACUUUGAUGGUGUGCGGUCAUUAGCGUUCCAUCCAGAAGAUCCUGUCUUGAUUACUGCUUCAGAAGACCACACCCUUAAGCUUUGGAAUCUGCAGAAAACAGUGCCUGCCAAGAAAACUGCCUCCCUUGAUGUUGAACCUGUGUACACGUUCCGAGGCCAUGUUGGGCCCGUCCUCUGCAUAGCAGUCAGCGUGAAUGGUGAACAGUGCUACAGCGGUGGUCUCGAUUCAACCAUUAGAUGCUGGAACAUACCCAGCUCAAAUAUAGAUCCUUACGAUUCAUUUGAUUCAAAUGUUCUUCACGAAACGUUGGAUGACCACACGGAUGCCGUGUGGUGUUUGGCUGUCCACCAGUCCCGUUCCCAGUUGUUGUCUUGUUCAGCUGAUGGUACGGUACGGCUGUGGAGUCCGGGUCAGACGUCGCCACUCCUGCAAACAUACACUGUCGACAACGAUCCUGGAGUUCCGACGUCUGUUGACUUUGUACGGUGUGAACCCAACCAAAUGGUAGCUUCAUAUACCUCAUCUAAUACGUAUAUAUUUGAUGUAGAAAGCUCCAAAGAGGUCCUCAAGUUGGAUACGAAACAAAGCUCUGAAUCAAACGUUGCCAAUCAGAUCAACCGGGUGGUCAGCCACCCGACCUUACCAAUAACAAUCACUGCACAUGAAGAUAGACACAUUCGCUUCUUUGAUAAUAAUUCUGGUAAAAUGAUUCAUUCUAUGGUUGCCCACCUCGAUGCUGUAACCAGCUUAGCAGUAGAUCCUAAUGGAUUAUACUUACUCUCGGGAAGUCAUGAUUGCUCUAUACGACUGUGGAACUUGGAUAGCAAGACGUGCGUCCAGGAGAUCACCUCACACAGAAAGAAAUUUGACGAAUCUAUUUACGAUGUUGCCUUCCACCCAUCAAAACCAUUUAUUGCCAGCGCCGGUGCAGACGCACUUGCUAAGGUGUUCGUAUGAUGAUCCAUUCAGACAAUUAGGGAUUUAUCGAAUUUUGGUUCGCUGCAUGGAGGCUUAGGCGCCACCCGAAAUGACGGGGAAUUGAGCUGGGGGAGAGUCUUGUUGUUAGAAGUCCAAUCUAUGAAAUUUCAAUGGGGCGUUUGCAGUUGUGCAAAAACUUAGUCCGUAUAGGGCGGUGUGGUUCAGAUAUUACAGUAUCUGUAAGAGUUCUGUCCUGAAAGGUUUGGAUCUCCCUUGGGAAGUUGAAGCAACGAAUUACUGUGAGGAUAACUUCUGAUAGUUGUGAAAGCUAUCAUCGUUGUGUCGGUGCUAGGUGAGGGUGGGCCCUGAACUGCAGGCGAUGUUGGGUAGGAUAUCCACGCAUCAGGGCAGUUGGGAAGGCGCGUCUGCCUCGAGAAGAAAUGGAAGGCAGUUGUUGAGGGCUAAGAAUGUGAUGGUGUUGAGUGGGGGCAGCGAGAUGAUUCGUAGUCAUUGGUGUGUAGGGCCUGAUUGGCGUGUCUAGCCUGCGAGAUCCGUAGUGGUUCUUUGUGGUGAUGUGGACUUGGACGUCCUCAUAAUAUUUUGAGGUGGCCCCCUAGCCUUCAUUGUGUAUACACACUAAUAGCUCUAGUGAUGAAAUUUAGGUUGUAUAUUCUACCGAUGUUUGUAUAGAAUCAGGUUAUUCUUAAUAUAAUGAUAACAUUGUAAGAAACAUUUCACUAAAACAGAAAUUGUCGGCCAUCUUUCUGAGGAUAUUAUGGAGUGGAAAUGCAGUGUUUGUGCUGUUCUGGUACAGUCAUUGUCAUAAUUGUUGUCUGUUAUGAUUAUCUUCUGGCUUGAUGUAGAAAUGUUGAGCAUGAAUCCUUCAGAAAAGAUUGGAGGAGUUCGAGCAAUGAGUUUGUCAGAUAUUCAAACGUCAGAAAAGCUGGUGAAGUUAUUAAAAGUAAUGAGUGGUCUGCUCUUUACAAGAGGGCUUUGACAUUGGUACCAAUUGGGGCUGCUUGAUGAAAUUAUAGUUUACACACACUUCUUUACGAAGGAGGCUGCAGUUCCAUGGGUCCUUGCAGGGUCACUGAAACUUGAAUAGCUGUUCUCAUAGUUUAUAAAAAUGAAAUUGAUCAUGAAAAAGUUCCGAAAAAUGGACCAUGCACAUUCUUGUGACACCAUGAUAUUCCGACCGCAGGGGUUAUAAGAUUUAUGGUCGGAUCUACUGACUAGGUUAAAUAUGUGUAAAUAAUUUUCAACGACUAGUUUUUUACUGCAGUGUUUUUUCUGUUAUCAACAAAUGUUGUCAAGUUCUGUACUGUUCAUCACGGAGAGCCUAGUUCAUUCUUGUAACUGCGCAGUGGACGUUUUUAAUGCUCUGGGUCAGUAGUUCAAACAGCUGUCUCAAUUAGCAGCAGUCGCAAAUAAAAACCCUCUUGAGACUUACAAAUGCUUUCUUUGUUGCUGUAAACCGUGAUAUUCUUCCGAGUGUUUCAUUUUCACACUUUUUGCGUCACGAAACUAAACUUCCAAAGCUUGAAGGAAUAAACUCUCGUGCGUUUGCCAUAAAUUUGAGCAGCCACAGCAAUGUUCAGUCUAUUGCCAAUUGAAAAUGAGCAAAUUUGAGCACCCAAAAUUUUCACGGUUUACAUUACGAUUAUAAAGGAGUCCAGAAUACCGAGGUCGAACAGAAACUGACUUAUUCUGUAUUAAACCAUUGUCUACAAUAGAGAGUGUCUUGCUUAUACAGAGGUGUCCAUUAUUGGUGAGGACGAUGUAUUUCACUGUUUGAACUGCUGGUCUGGAUGACUUCAGCUUUGGACGGUUCCUUGGAGAGUUGAUUGAUUUCAGCUUCGAUAUGAAAAUGUGGGGGAUGUAUAAAAAGUGGCAUAAUAUCAAAUCGGGUGUUCAUUGCAAUCAGUUAUCAGCAAGACCUCAUAGAGCCAGCGCAAUUAUUAUUAGUUUGUUGCACGAUGGGGAACUUCAGAAAAGGUUAAAUGAGUGACAUAAAUUCAUCAUGACUUCAUCGAUUUAUUCCAUCAGUGUUUAUGAUGUGUAUAUAUAUUAUAUAUAUAUAUAUGAAUAUAUCACUUAUAUUCGAAUAAAAGGGCCUGUUUGUAAUGGUCAUAAUAACAAUAAUAGCAAAGGCAGUUGUCAACAUUUGCCAAAUUUGGGGUAUUUUGUAUUGAUAAUGAAAUUUGUGUAAUAACUGUCAUACAAAACAAGGCUCGAUGAGUGACAUUUUAUACCAUGUGGCAUAUCAUUCUGUGCAACUUGUCUUUGAUGUUAAGUGACUUGUUCAAAACACACAUCGGAGGCAGCUCAGCAAAUUGGACCUUGGUUGACUUCAGUUGGUCAGAACACUCCCCAAACAUCUUUAAUAGCUACAUCUAUACACUUAAAAGUAUGGAUCUAUAGUCCUUAUUUUGGGUAUGAAAUGACAAAUGCUGACUUCUGCAUUAUUUUUGAGGUUACCAUUUUUACCAUUAGAAAUUUUCACCUGAUGCCACUGGAAAAAUGAAAUUUGGCUUAUCUGUUUGAUAUUCGGGCUGUGGGGUUUAGCUUUCUCUAAUUAAAUUUUUCGGUUUUGUGAUUUAGCUUGUUAGCACGAAAUAUGGAAUUCUUGCCUGGUGUACUUGAGGGGGAGUAAUGUUCACUAAAACUUGUACAGACCGGUGAGUGUAUCCCAGUCAUUUCUUAUUUGGAAGACGUACAAUCAUUUCACAUUGAGAAGUCUUCUAACUGUCAAUGUCUUCGGCAGUUUUGAGAAAACUUCUGUAAAUUGAUAAAUUUUUAGGAAACUUCUAUAAAGUAGAUGAAUUUUGUUAAAAAGCAAGUUGUCUGAUAUGCAGGGUUGACGGUAUCGUUGGAAGUCUCGAGCAAUCCCUUCCCGUGUGGUACCCUCGACUGCAGCGCUUCAUAAAAUCUGAUUUGGUGAUAUAAUCCAUCUUGGCGUAGGUUGACUUGAUGACAUUUCUGGUCCAUUGUCGGGCUGAUGGCAUGUUCCUUGGUCAUGUAAUAUAUCAUGUGAAUAUUAUGCGUGUGUAGCCUUUCCGAUUUUUACGCACUGUAUUAUACUUAUGACACAGCUAAGAGUUUCACUAAUUUAUGUCCUGUCACUCGUACAGUAUGCGGGCAAAGUUUUUGACCGAAUUCGGGCCGCUCGCAUCGAACCUUUUGUAAAUACAAUAUGAUAAAUAUGUGUAAUGUAGGAAUGCUAGGUCAAAUGUUAAUGAAAUGUUUUGUUGAAUUGCUUGUGUGUAGAAGGUAAAACUCCCCCAGUAUGAAUUGGGCAACGGGGGGCUAUCGGUAUCAACUUUAUUUAUUUUUCAUUCACCAGUUUUUGUUUACAAUUGGUUGAGACCACAGUUUGGGUUUGAAAAGACAUUGCGUCUUUGAUUUCAAAUAGUUGUCAGGAGGACACCGCUUUUUAAGGACGUCACCUUGUCUAACUAAAUUCUUCACUAUUUGUUCCUCAAGGCUUUUAAAAUCGGAAUUGACUGAGUUGGGAAUGUCCACAAAUCAGCUUCUAAUUAUCUUAAUUACUACAGAUUUAAUCUGUAUUAAUUGAGAAGAGAUUCUGUUCUAGAUUAGAAUUAGUAGUCUUUGCAAUUAUGUGUAACUGUGCCUCAAAUAAUCUGUGGUUAUAUAGCUAAGAUUAGGACCUUUGAUAAUCAUGUUGAUUACAUAAGUCAGUUGACUAUGAGUACCAGUCCCCUGAAGGUGUUACCUUUCCUCUUAUCGAAUAUAUCGUAGUUAAUUUGCUUGAUAAAGGAUCGUGUUCCAGCUGGCUUGGAAUGAUAUCAGUAGAGCAUGUUUACAUACAAGUAAUUAGGUACAGCACAAGGCUGUCAGUUUAUAAUCAAUAUAAGGCAGGUUUCGCAACCAUAACAAGAACUAUAAAACGACAAAGAACGAAGAAAGUAAGAGUAUGACCAAGUAAGAGUACGGCCCUGUAAGAGUACGGCCCUGUAAGAGUUAUUUCAAUUAUAUUUUCAUUUUUGCAGAUAUAUUUGCAGUUGUCUGAACGCAAAAACCGCUAAGAACAGAGGCACACGAAUAUAUCUAAGUUAUAGUAUAGCUGUCAAGUGACGAUUGAUUUGGCAUUUCAUUUGCUUGCAGACUAUCACAAGUCCGUACAUCACCUGUGCAUUAAUUAUACUGUUCAUCACUGUGUAAUAUUUGCGAUGCCUAGAACUCACCGUGUACAUAGAUCUCCCUGAACAUGCAUAAUUAAAACAGCUCUGUGUUUACAUACAAUGCAUACGAACAACGAUAUUCCGGUGAGUUGUAUUCAAGUUAGAAGGCUUCUGAUCAGUGACAGUUAUUAUUCUUAUCUGAUCAUGGCAAAGUCUCACUCAAAUGUCAAUGACAGAGUUAAGAAAUUAAAGUUUUAGUUAUUUGGAUUUUACAAUUAUGAACACCUGCUUCACAUCUUUGAUUGAAAAUCCUACUAGAAACAAUUUGACGGUUUUUGAAGUGAGUGUAUAUAAUAUGUACAGGUUUGUAGAAGUUGGCUGAAGAUUUCUCGUAAGUUGAGCGCUUUUGUCUGUUGGUGAAUUCACUUCUUGAACACGUUGAAGGGUAGGUACAGAGAGUAAAGGUUUAUCAAAUGGGUAAGCCUCAAGUACUUGUUUCAAGUUUGUAAAUUUAGCCAUUCACUUUCUUCAGCUAAAUACGCCUUUCGCUCAUAACCAGUAAGGAAUGGGUGUAAUAAGGUUUGCUGUCUGUUCAGUGUUUUGAAAUCUGUGGCCUCAAUGGGGUAUGUAAACACUGGGAAGCUUGAUAAAAACAGAGCGGAACAGAACUUUCUAUAACAGCUGGGCCAGAGUGAGAACCUAUGUGCAUAGAAAAUGAGUGCAGAUGAGGACUUGACCUCUCUCAGAAGUGUUUACCUACUUCAUGGUUGCCCCUUUAGACCGCUACAGAUAAUGUGUCUCAGUGAAGGACUUGGCCCCUCUCUUAGUCCGCUACAGAUGUAGUGAGUCUCAGUAAAGGACUUGGCCCCUCCCUUUAGUCCACUACAGAUGUAGUGUGUCUCAGUGAAGGACUUGGCCCCUUCCUUUAGUCCGCUACAGAUGUAGUGUGUCUCAGUGAGGGACUUGGCCCCUUCCUUUAGUCCGCUACAGAUGUCGUGUGUCUCAGUGAAGGACUUGGCCCCUUCCUUUAGUCCGCUACAGAUGUAGUGUGUCUCAGUGAGGGACUUGGCCCCUUCCUUUAGUCCGCUACAGAUGUAGUGUGUCUCAGUGAGGGACUUGGCCCCUCCCUUUAGUCCGCUACAGAUGUAGUGUGUCUCAGUGAAGGACUUGGCCCCUUCCUUUAGUCCGCUACAGAUGUAGUGUGUCUCAGUGAAGGACUUGGCCCCUCCCUUUAGUCCGCUACAGAUGUAGUGUGUCUCAGUGAGGGACUUGGCCCCUCCCUUUAGUCCGCUACAGAUGUAGUGUGUCUCAGUGAAGGACUUGGCCCCUUCCUUAAGUCCGCUACAGAUGUAGUGUGUCUCAGUGAGGGACUUGGCCCCUUCCUUUAGUCCGCUACAGAUGUAGUGUGUCUCAGUGAGGGACUUGGCCCCUCCCUUUAGUCCGCUACAGAUGUAGUGUGUCUCAGUGAAGGACUUGGCCCCUUCCUUUAGUCCGCUACAGAUGUAGUGUGUCUCAGUGAAGGACUUGGCCCCUCCCUUUAGUCCGCUACAGAUGUAGUGUGUCUCAGUGAGGGACUUGGCCCCUCCCUUUAGUCCGCUACAGAUGUAGUGUGUCUCAGUGAAGGACUUGGCCCCUUCCUUUAGUCCGCUACAGAUGUAGUGUGUCUCAGUGAAGGACUUGGCCCCUCCCUUUAGUCCGCUACAGAUGUAGUGUGUCUCAGUGAGGGACUUGGCCCCUCCCUUUAGUCCGCUACAGAUGUAGUGUGUCUCAGUGAGGGACUUGGCCCCUCCCUUUAGUCCGCUACAGAUGUAGUGUGUCUCAGUGAAGGACUUGGCCCCUCCCUUUAGUCCGCUACAGAUGUAGUGUGUCUCAGUGAGGGACUUGGCCCCUCCCUUUAGUCCGCUACAGAUGUAGUGUGUCUUAGUGAGGGACUUGGCCUCUUCCUUUAGUCCGCUACAGAUGUAGUGUGUCUUAGUGAGGGACUUAGCUUAGUGUGUGUGCGUCUCGUGGAUUGUGUUUGUCAGAUUACUGUCUUCUGUAUGCCAUUUCAUUCUAAUUUAUUAUAAGUUGCAGGUGUCAUUCUUGUUUGCCAGUCUGCUUGGCCAUAUAUAUUGUGACUAGCAAAAAUGUGUCCCACAUUUUCCUGGGUCACCCUGUAUGUACAUUCAGUUAGCCUUGGUCAUCCUUUCAAUUAUGGGGCAACUAAUACUUUGUCAAAAUGAUGUAUAACCUUGACAUUCAUGACAAGUCGACAUCAAUGUAACAGUGACUGUAUUCUUCUAACAAAACCAACAUUUUCUAUAUGUGCUAUCUUAAAUGAAAUAUCAUGAAACAAACGGUUUAUUUACCUUAAGGCGCUGUGCAAAUGAGGUAUAUUUAUUGCUGCGACUUUUGAUGAUUACUGCGGUGAAUGACCAAAAUUGUGCCUGUCUCUCAUGAUGAUAAGAUGCAUGUGACAAAAGUAUCUCAUUUACGGAGCGCUUAAAGUGGUUUUAUCCAAUGUUCUGCUUAUCAAUAAUACUCCCAUUUUGUGUUGUUUCUAAGGAAACGUACUAGUCAACUAUUCAGCCAUAGUCAUUGAGUAGUCACAGAGGUGACCCUGACUUGCUUGUGGAAAGUGUUUUCAUUCUUUUCUCUCCAAAUCUUGAUACAUUGGCCGUUAAAGUCUGUGCAGGAUUGGAGGCUUUUGAUGUAGUAAUAGAAACCUUCCGGUUUAUUCUGACAGUUAUUUUGGGACAUCCAGAAUAUCCAUCAACAAACCACUACUUCAGUGUGUGCUCUCGAUUUCUUGAAAAAUCUCUGUGCCACGUUUCGUGAAUUCCUUAACUAUAUUCUAUCCGAAUUGUUUGUAUGGAUUAGUGUUGAGAUCCUCUUCCAAUUGAGUAGACCAGCCUAAAAAAAGGAACCCAAUUUGGAAUCUUGCGCAUUCUGGAAAAACUUUUUUUUGGGGUCUUAUUCUGUGCUCUUGACCAAUUGAGCCUCUGUUCUUAGAAUUCAUUCACUUCUAUAAUUUUUGUAGAUUUUUGUAAGGCUUACACAGCAAAGGAGCACUGCAUCGGGUGUAUAUAUAAGGGCUCAUGAAUCGCUUGAACUUUGAUGUGAUUUAAUGUAAACAAUUAUGAAAAAUGAUUAUUACGCUGUGUAAAGAUGGUGUCCCCCGCGAGAGCCCCCUCCCAUUCUGUAAUAAUACCCAUUGUUUUGCAAUAUAUAUACUUGUCAAUAAACAAUAUCACAAUGUUUAAA